CCAGCCCUGGGGCGCAGGGUGGUUUCCGUUGCACCCCAACCUUCUUAACACCUCUCGGGCUCAGGCCUAGCUGGCUUAGCUGAGGCCGCUGAGGGGCGGGAGAGACUUGAUUUGCCUGACGAUUUCCUGGUUUUUACUGGUUUUGAUAGUGGAUGUUAUUUCAGUUUGCAUCUUCCUCCACUUUCAUGGAAGCAAAAGUCUCGAAGUUCCCUUCCACCGAGACUCCCAGGUGACUAUGAAAGGCUUAUAUUUUCAACAAAGUUCUACAAAUGAAGAAAUAACAUUUGUGUUCCAAGAAAGGGAAAAUCUUCCUGUUACAGAAGAUAACUAUGUGAAACUUCAAGUUAAAGCUUGUGCUCUGAGCCAGAUAAAUACAAAGCUUCUUGCAGAAAUGAAGAUGGAAAAGGAAUUCUUUCCUGUUGGGAGAGAAGUUGCUGGAAUUGUGUUAGAUGUUGGAAGCAAGGUAUCAUUCUUUCAACCAGAUGAUGAAGUAGUGGGAAUUCUGCCCCUGGAUUCUGAAGAUCCUGGACUUUGUGAGGCUAUUCGAGUCCAUGAGCAUUACUUGGUUCACAAACCAGAAAAAGUCACGUGGACAGAAGCUGCUGGAACCAUCCGGGAUGGAUUACGAGUCUAUACAGCCCUGCAUUAUCUUUCUCAUCUCUCGCCUGGAAAAUCCGUGCUGAUAAUGGACGGAGCAAGUGCACUUGGUACAAUAGCCAUUCAGUUAGCACACCACAGAGGAGCCAAAGUGAUUUCAACAGCCUGCAGCCUUGAAGACAAGCAGUUUCUUGAAAGAUUUAGGCCUCCUAUAGCUCGAGUGAUCGAUGUUUCUAACGGGAAAGCCCAUGUGGCUGAAAGCUGUUUAGAAGAAACAGGUGGCCUCGGAGUGGACAUUGUCCUAGAUGCUGGAGUGAGGUUAUAUAGUAAAGAUGACGAACCAGCUGAAAAAUUACAACUACUACCACAUAAACAUGAUAUCAUCACCCUUCUUGGUGUUGGAGGCCACUGGGUAACAACAGAAGAAAACCUGCAGCUGGAUCCUCCAGAUAGUCAUUGCCUUUUCCUCAAGGGAGCAGCAGUGGCUUUCCUUAAUGAUGAAGUUUGGAAUCUGUCAAAUGUACAACAGGGAAAGUAUCUUUGUAUCUUAAAAGAUGUGAUGGAGAAGUUAUCAACUGGUGUUUUUAGACCUCAGUUGGAUGAACCCAUUCCACUAUACGAGGCAAAAGUUACAAUGGAAGUUGUUCAGAAAAAUCAAGGAAGAAAGAAGCAAGUUGUUCAGUUUUAAUGUUCUCUCUGACCUCAGUUGGAUGAACCAGUUCCAGUAUUUGAAGCCAGAGCUUCCUUGGAAAUUGUUUAUAAAAGUCAAGGAACCUAAAA